AAGUGGCCUUGCCGAGCCCCUGGGGCUGCCCGUCGCGUCACAGUCGGCGGCGUGCCCGCUUCCAAGAUGGCGGCGGCGGCGAUGUCCGGCGCGCUCGGCCGGGUGGGCUGGAGGCUCCUGCAGCUACGGUGCCUGCCCGUGUCCCGUUGCCAGUGUUCCGUGGUGUCACGUGCCUUCCAUGCUUCAGCCAUGCAGCUAAAGUCUUCCGAUGAGCAGAAGCAACAACGUCCCCCGUCUUUUUCUCAGCAACACUCUGAGACACAUGAGGCAGAAGAACCCAAUCCAGAAUCUUCUCGUUCACCUCCGAGGUACACAGAUCAGGGUGGUGAGGAGGAGGAGGACCACGAGAGUGAGGAGCAGCUGCAGCACCGCAUCCUGACGGCAGCCCUGAGCUUUGUGCCUGCCCAUGGGUGGACAGCAGAGGCCAUUGCAGAAGGAGCCCAGUCUCUGGGUUUGUCCAGUGCGGCAGCCGGCAUGUUUGGGGAUGAUGGCAGUGAGCUGAUACUGCAUUUUGUGACCCAGUGCAAUGCUCAGCUCACUCAUGUGCUGGAGGAGGAGCAGAAGCUGGUACAGCUGGGCCAGGCAGAGAAGAGGAAGACAGACCAGUUCCUGAGGGACGCGGUGGAAACCAGACUGAGAAUGCUGAUCCCGUACAUUGAGCACUGGCCCCGGGCCCUCAGCAUCCUCAUGCUCCCUCACAACAUCCCAUCCAGCCUCAGCCUGAUCACCAGUAUGGUGGAUGACAUGUGGCACUAUGCUGGGGACCAGUCCACUGACUUUAACUGGUAUACCCGCCGAGCUGUGCUGGCUGGCAUCUACAACACGACAGAGCUGGUGAUGAUGCAGGACUCCUCUCCAGACUUUGAGGACACUUGGCGCUUCCUGGAAAACCGCAUUAAUGACGCAAUGAACAUGGGCCACACUGCCGAGCAGGUAAAGUCCACUGGAGAGGCACUGGUGCAGGGACUCAUGGGUGCAGCAGUGACGCUCAAGAACUUGACAGGUCUAAACCAGCGCCGGUGAGCGGGACGGUGUGAGGUCGAGUGCCCAGAAAAAAGCUGCAGGUACAUUGAAAGGGCUUUGACAAAUAUGAAGUGCCGUUCAGGGUGUUAAUGAGGAAACGCUGAAGGACUCCUUAGGCACUACAACAGCCACCUGGAAACCAAAGGGCACUCGAUACAGCUGUACCCCACAAUCGGGUCACCUCUUCAGUUCCAAAUACCAGGCCAGGCCUCCUGAUGCCUUUCUGCGUUGCAGCUGUGUGAUCGAAAAAUGAAGCUCUCAUCCAAGCCAUCGAGCCACAGAAACCCAGCACGUCCCUGUCAUGGUCUCACGGAUGCCUUGAUCAUGUCUUAACCUUCCUAAAGUGUUCUCUGGGGCUCCCAAAUGAGAGUCAGGGUGUGGAGGCAUUACAAGGUGGCCGCGCACCCCUGGCAUGACCCGGACUUGUGCACACAGGUGUUACACACACACACACACACACACCCGGUGUUACACACACACACACACCCGGUGUUACACACACCCGGUGUUACACACACACACACACACACACCCACACCCACACACCCACCCACCCACCCACCCCCGGUGUCCUGUGCUGCACCUGGGAACCCUUCAGAAAGCUGCCUCACCUGAGACUGUGCCUCCAGACAGCAGUGCUCAGCCUGGCCAGAGGCGGGAACCUGGGCCCUUUGUCAUGUUACACCAGCACGUGUGGCAGGGCUAGCAGUGAACUUUAGAGGGUAAAAAUAGUAAUAAAUAUGUUUGAAGCGGUUUCAUGUUGGUAGUUAGUUUCCAUCUGGGCCACAGCGGGUAUCCAGGACCCCAGAGGGAGAUAGUAGUGAUGCCGGAAAGGCUUGAGGCUGGCAGCCAGAAGGCCCGGGCUCUGGUCCUUGUGCAGCCUACUGCUAGUGGGUGGUCACGGCAGGUCUGCCUCCCUGGGCCUGUGCUUCCCUCUGGAAGUGUGGGUGAUGGUGGCCUUCCCCGCACUGUUAGCUCCCUUGGCUGCUAUUUUCUAUCACUGAUCAUUUCAGGGAUCUGUUCUUUAGCAUUAAUUUCCUCUGUCUCUACAGUGGCUGGGCUCCCUUUGCAAGUCUGGUUAACUCUUUUGUAGUCUUCUCGAGCUACUAUAACAAAAUACCAUAGAUAGGGUGACUUUACAACAGACAUUGGUUUCUCACAGUUCUGGAGGCUGGGAAGUCCAACAUGAAGGUGCCAGCCAGUUCCUGGUGAAGUCUUUCUGACUUGCCACCUUUUCUCUAUGUUCUAACAGGGCAGAGAGCGAGCUCGCUCCAGUGUCUCCUCCUGUUCUUAUAAGGGCACUCUUCCUUUCAGGAAGGCACUAUUCCUACUCUCCUGACCUCCCAAAGACUCCAUCCCCAAAUACCACGUUGGGCAUUAGGCUUUAGCAUUUGAGAGGAACACAAUUCAGUCCAGAGCAUCUGUCUUCUGCGUUCUUCUGUCUGACCUAAGUUGACGGGGUAUUGAUGGGGGAAGUCACCAGCUGAUAGGUGUUUCCAAUCUUUUGGCCUUCCACCUGCCCCUUUCUGCACCUCUUUAAUUCUUUGUAUCAUGACUCCCUGUCAAGUCCCCUACGUACCAAAUUUCAUUCCAUUCUCAUGGUUCCAUAGCAUCCCUCUUGCACUCAACAACCUUAAUCCUUAAUUUCCUGAGAUGACACAGGCUGUGAAGCACAGGCCCCCUCAGUGCCCUUUCUCUCUGUCUCAGGAAGAGUGUCACCCCCAGCUAAGGCAAACUCUUUAUCUCCUCUCUUACUUUUCUGCCCCUUAAAUGUAGCUCCUGCUAAGUUCUAUUUUAGAGCCUCUUCUCUGUUAUGAGCAGGUGCCCAUUCAGACCUUUCUCCAGGCUAUGGGUGGGGUGG